ACACAGUUUUCCGAGAGCGGUUGGGUUGAUUGGCUCUUCGGCGUGAAGCUCAUACCAAUUUCACGAACAGAUCCGUUUUAUGUUUGUCGUCAUCAACCACUAAUCAGAACAGCGCCGAUCUGAAAUCAAUCUUUCUGUUCUGUUGGGAGAGGAUUAGAGUGAUGGACAAGAAGAAGACGCGAAUCUGUCUGAUUUUCACGACUCUGCAACUCUGCUAUUUUUUUGCUCAAUCACAGUCAGACGACCAGGAAAUUGUCAUUGCUGACUCAAGAAAUAUAAAAGAUGGGCAGCAACCUGAAGUUCACUGUUCCCGGGAGAGGAGUCAAGCAGCCUGGAAAGCAAUUGAAGAGUAUCUGAUUCCAUUUAUGGAGAAAGAUAAGUAUGAACUUUCUACCCAAUGUCGACUUCAUCCUAGCAAUGAUAUAUUUAGAGAGCAAGAGCAGCAUAAAGUUCAUGUAGACAUAAAUGAAUGGCAAUGUGGGUACUGUAAGAAAAGCUUCCGAGCAGAAAAGUAUUUGGAUCAGCAUUUUGACAACCGGCACUCCAAUCUGCUAAAUGUUAGUCACAGCAAAUGCUUGGCGGAUCUAUGUGGUGCGCUCCAUUGUGAUUUUGUGAUGAAUUCACAGUCUCCGAAAACCAAGUGUAAUCCUGCUGCCGCUGCUCGAAACCGUCACUUAUGCGAGGAUCUUGCCAACAGCUGUUUUCCCGUUAGUCAGGGUCCUUCAGCUGUUCGUCUUCAUGAGUUCUUCUUGCGCCAAUUCUGCGAUGCCCACACAUGCUCUGGUCGACAGAAACCUUUUACCCGGGGAGGGAGGAAGCGGACCAAUAUCUUGUACAUGGCGUCUGCCAUACUUAUUCUCAUGUUCCUUCCCGUAUUCUACUUGAUCGUAUAUUUGCAUCAGAGGGAAAUGCGACCAGGAACAACACAGCUUAAACGCUUCGCAAAACUUGCAAGAAAACCAAAGCCCUCUUGAUUGGCACAGGAUUAAUGGAAAUUGAACGUAGAGCUCCAUUAAGAGAAGAGUUUGUCGACAACGAUGUUUUUUUGCCUCCGGCCAACUUUAGACGAAGUGUGCAUCAAGAUUGUUGGUUGUAGCGAGGGUAAGUUGCAUUGUGUAGAUCAUUUCCAUCAGUUCUGUAUGUAUGAUCAAAUUGGUGUAAUAUUGGGAAUGUAUGUUCAUUUUGUGACUUUUA